UGUAAGUCUGUUGCAAUCCCUGUCUUCUCAGGGCUUUGACGGUGCGGUAUCGCCGUGUGGGGUCACCACCGACCACCCUCUCUCCGCACCGCAAUUUCCCCUCUAUCCCCUCCUUCAUUCUCCGUUCCUUCCUCAGCAGCUCCCUCGACGACGGUGGCAAGGCGCCGGUCGUGCGCGGCUCCGUCGAUCCCACCCGUCUGCGUUGAGCCCGUGUUCGAGGGCGGCUGCCGGUGCACUCCGGCGAUCCGGCCACCACCACGCGCCGGCGGGCGACGCAGACCAUGGUGGGUUACGGCUGCCGUCGUCCUCCAUGUGCAGCUCUCUCCAUGGGGAGCCCUCCUUCCCGGUGUCCUCCAUGGGCCGCUCCGCCGCCGCAGGCCUCCGACGACCUUGCGGGGAACAACUCCAACCCUGCGCGGCCGGUGAGGCGCCUCUCCUCUUAUCUCACUCACUAGAACGGUCAGGAUGGGGGGCUUGGAGGUAGAGGGUCGGGGGCCGUGGAAUACUGUUAUGUCGCGGGAGCAUCCGUAGCGCAUCAUGCGGCCAGGUCGCGAGCACCAGCAGGCGCCGCGGCAGGCGAGAUCUCUGGCGGAGGUCCUGGGCGAGGCCAUGACGGAUGGAGGUCCUUGGCGGAGCCAUUCGCAGCUGCGGUGUAGGCGGCGCUGCAUGUCGAGAUCGAUGCCGCCUCAUUCAGAUGGAACAUGGAAGGGACACAGAUCUUCAGGCCUAGGAGCGGCCUUUCUCCACUUUCCAGUUGCAAGGAAAAAGCUGUGGAGAAUUGAACGGAUACUCCAAGAAGUAUUGUUUUGGUCACUGGGAUACUCCAAGAAGUAUUGUUUUAGUCACUGCAGCUACUAUAGAAAUUAUAUGUUAUAGAAAUACUAGAUUAGGGUUGAGUGGAUGCAAGUUUUAUUGUUUCCCCCUAUUUCAUUUUAGCCACAGUCAGCUUCUACAAGAAUGCCAUGAAGUCUCUUUAAUUUUUCUCACUGCAUGGUCUGAUCUUUGUUCACAUUUUCUUUGGCUGUCGUUGGAAAAUGGAAUAAAAUGAUGGACAAAGUUAUGUGGUUA